ACAUCAGUUGGACCCUCGUUGCCUGCCGGAGGCCGUGUCCAUACCGACCCUACUGCUGACAAGCCACUUGUCUCAUCGAUACCAUCAUGGGCCAUGCCAUACCAUGCUCGGCGUACUGGUAGUAUACUUCUCCACCAUGUCCUUUGUCUCCCUCUCGCUUUUCUAUUACGAACCACUUCCUCCAUUCGGUCUACCUGUCAGCCACUCUUAGCGCACGCCCACCUCCCGGACCCGGAAGAGGGCCCGAAGGAGGACCCACUUUGCCGGGACGAUAGCGACGGGAACGGAGUGCCGCCUCUCUUCGCCUUAACGUGGACGUUCACGUGAGCCAUAUCAGUUGUUAGGUACCUUAGGUACCUACAAACCUGCCUAAGGUUAGGGUGUACCUAGAUACUUUAGGUUGGCCGUGUUGAUUCUCGUUACAGUCUGGCAUGCUCGGACCUUGGGAAAUUCCUUGCGG